AUGACGAAGCAGAAUGGCAUCGACAUCCUGUGUGACGCCGCAGGCUCUGAUCUGUUGCUGUCAUCCAUCUUCUCAGCUGAGGCGCAGAGUCAAAAUCAGCCUCAGCACCAUCCGCCGCAGAAGAAAGUAAAGCGGUCCGACACAUCUCCGCCUCCCGGCUCCUCCACCUCCUCCUCCAACCAUAUCUGCCACAUUUGCAAGCGCGUCUACGAGAGAGCACACCACCUUACACGGCAUCUCAGUGAUUUGUUAACUCGACAUGAGGCUACCCAUGAUCGUGAUGCUGGAAAAUCAAAGUCAUUUAUAAGACGCAGCGAUCGAGCUGCCCAGGCCUGCGAGGCCUGUGCCUCUGCAAAGGCCAAAUGUGACGACCAGAAACCCUGCGGUCGAUGCCGCGCCAAGAAGCUCGCCUGUCAGGCUUCGACGAGACGCUCGUAUCAGUACAAGACUUCCACAGAAGGCGACUCGCCCUCUGACAGUGGCACUGUCGGUUCAGUCAUGAACAACCAUGUUCCGCCUGCUCAUAUACCAAUGCACGACGCCAUGGAGCCCACUCCCUUCAUGCCCGAUGUCAUCGGCCAAAACGCUUCCUUGAUUGAACCCAUCUCCGACGACAUGGUCUAUUUCAAUCCAAUGAGCAAUUUCCUCCAGGACAUGGACUUCACAAUGUCUUGGGAUAUGAACUUUGAUGCCUUUUCCAUUCCACAAUUCGACCUCCAAGGACCAAGCCCACAAUCUUCUAGUACCAACGCGGUCACCAAGCCGUCUCCGCGGAACACAGUCAGAGACUCCUCGCGUGGGCACUCCGCAUUCAAGCGAUCGCCAUGGUUGUGGGACCCCAAGAAGGAAGACUAUGUGCAGCAGCAGAAGGAGGCUCUCCAUAUCGACGAGCAGUCCAUCUCGCAAUCGCCCGCUUUUGGAAAACUCAUGGACAGGCCAUCGCGGAGGCUGAAGAUGACUGCACAUCAACGGGACCGAAUAUUCUCCAUCGUCCUGGCCCAGAACAAGGACCCGGCAAAAGUGCCCUCUUUUCCUACUCUGGAUCUGCUCAACUACCUUAUGCAAGCACAUUUCGUCCAGGAUGAGCACCAGUUUGACAGCUGGAUACAUCCUCCUUCCUUCAACCCUGAGAACGCGCUUCCGGAGCUAUUGGCAGCUAUCAUUUCGAGCGGCGCCAGUUUCAUCUCCGUGCCAGCCAUUUGGCAAUUUGGACUUGCAAUGCAUGAGGUCGUGCGGUUAGGUGUCUCAGAUCUGUUCGAGAAGCUCAAUAUCCACACUCGGAAUCUGAGCGCGCUGCAAACGUUUAUGCUCACUCUGGAUGUGGGGAUAUGGAGUGGGUUCAAACGGAAAAUGGAGAUAGCAGAGAGCUUCUUGCAGCCUCUCCUUACCAUGCUCCGACGAGCUGGUGCUUUCUCCGCCCCGGCAGACUCUCCCGCCCUAGUUCCGCUAGAUUCCGACUCUCCAGAAGCUCUUGAGACGAAGUGGAAGAAGUUCAUAUCACGCGAAUCUUACAAGAGCGAACUUGCAUUUAGCCUCCCCGCGUCUCGUGAUCUCUGGUGCGCUCCGACGGCAGAGGCGUGGCGCCAGGUCCAUCAUUCCAAGACGACCAUGCCCAGGCCGCUCCCGCGUGUUUCCGAGGUGCUUCAUUGUGUCGAUGUCCUAGAUGAGCUCGAAGAAUUUAUCGACAUUGACCUGUGCUACAGCGCCGUUCUCAAUGGCUACUGGGGUCAGGUCUGGGCUUAUCGCGAGGGUGUCCGUUUCUUUGCAACAGCAAAUAGGGGAGGUACAAAUCGCCUGUGGCUAAAGUCUCAGCACCAGGAACUAUACCAGGAUCUCUGUGGCUUCUCAUCGAUCAUACAUACGUCAAAUACCCCUCGCAACCACAGUACCCUUCUUGCCAUCGUUGUUGAAUUAUUUUUAAUGAUCAUGCACGUGUCACCGGACGAGAUACAGAGGUUCGCCGGAAAGUUGGGAGAAGAGGAGUCACGUCGCGCUGGAGCUUCCUUGGAAGAGAACUGGGCCAAUACCUCAGAUGCUCGAUAUGCAAUUUGGCAUGCGGGUCAAGUCUUUGCCAAUGCGAAGAGGCUACCUCCAGCAAGUCUGAGGGGUUUCAAUGCGAUUGCCGUCUACCUUGCAAGCAUGACACUCUGGACGUAUGGGCUGUUCUGUUCACCAGCUCCUCAAGGUGGAGAUGACUUGGACACAGGCUACCUGCAACCAGGAGAAGGGCAGCAAGCGAACACAGGCAACAGAAGAGCAUCCUCGGUUCCGGGCGGCGGGUCUACCAAAUACGUCCUACUUGACGAGGAGGAGACCAGAGACACCAAGGCGUUCCUGCAAUUUGACCGCGGUGUGCCCGCUUUGAAGACCUCUCAAGGGGCGGUGGAGCCGCUGUCGGACCCGAGCAAGAUACUUUCUAUCGCAAGAAACUUGUUUAGAGAGAACUACCCCGUUCGAACAGAACCACUGCCACCGCUGGUCGAAAGUCUGGGAAAUCUGUUGCGAGACCUGGGCAGUGGUCUUGCGGGAAUGCCCAGUCGGGUCGCGUCGAGGGUGCAGAGUCGGGUGGUUAGCAGGAUGGGUAGUGAGGAGCCAUGA